AGCAGGUGUCCUGCCCCAUCCCGAGCCGGUAGAGGCAGGAGUGCGGGGUUCCCGGCGCACCAUGAGGGCAGGAGGAUGUGGGACCCGAACAUGUCCAACGUGCUCAGGGAGGGGACCCGGGGCAACAACAGCAGCAGCAGCCGGGGGCAGGAGGACAGCGGCUCGGUGUCCGUGGCUUUCCCCCUGGCCAUGAUGCUGGCGGGGCUGCUGGGCAAUGCGCUGGCCGCGGGGCUCAUCUUCCGGACGUACCGGAGAAAGUCCAGUAAACGGAAACACUCGUUCCUGCUGGGCAUCGGAGCCCUGGCCGCGACCGACUUCACCGGGCAGCUCCUCACCAGCCCCAUCGUGAUCUCCGUGUACGUGUCGGGCAGGCGCUGGUCCCGCGUGGACCCCUCGGGGCACCUGUGCGCCUUCUUCGGGGUGAGCAUGAGCACGUUCGGCCUGUGCCCCCUGCUGAUCGCCGUGGCCGUGGCCGUGGAGCGGACCCUGGCGGUGCGGAGCCCCCACUGGUACUCCAGCCACAUGGGCACCCGAGCCACCUGCACGGUGCUGCUGAGUAUCUGGGCCGGGGGGCUCUGCUUCUCCCUGCUGCCCCUGCUGGGGCUGGGGCAAUACACCCUGCAGUGGCCGGGCACCUGGUGCUUCAUCAGCACAGAGCCCACCUCCGCCGGGAACCUGAUCUUCGCCUCCACCUUCGCCUGCCUGGGGCUGCUGUCCCUUCUGGUCACCUUCAGCUGCAACGUGGCCACUAUUACCGCCCUGGUGAGCCGGGGCAGGAGCCGGAGAUCGACCUCCCAGGGCAGCAAGCAGUGGGAGAGAAUCACCAUGGAGACCGUCAUCCAGCUCAUGGGCAUCAUGUGCGUGCUCUUCACCUGCUGGUCACCUCUGCUGGUGAUAAUGCUGAAAAUGAUCGCCAAUCACACGUCGGUGGAGCGCUGCGGAAUUCCGGCGCAGGGAUUUGAGGCGCAGAAAGAUUGCAAUUUCUUCCUGACCGCCAUCCGCCUCGCGUCCCUCAACCAGAUACUGGACCCCUGGGUGUACCUCUUACUCCGAAAGAUCCUCCUGCGGAAGUUCUGCCAGGUCGCCAACGCCGUCUCCAGCUGCUCCAACGACGCGCUCAAGGAGCCUCCGAUGAUCUUAACGGCCGACGUGAAGCCCGACGGCUGACAUUUGUUCUUCAAAACGGAACUGAAGCUUUAAAAAAGACUCCGCUUCGUCAACGAGCUCACAAAACUAAUAAAAUACAUUAAAAUAACAAACAAAGUUCAUUUCAAGCUAAAUGUAAGACCCCGAUGGAUACAGAAGGCGGAAUAACCCAAGUAAAGCUGCUGUCCCACUUAUAUAAGAUAUUUUUUUGCUCUCUCUGGUAUGUUAAGCAAAGAAACCUUCACAGAUGUUUCAUUCUGUCCUCUGAAGGGUUAAUCACCUAAAAAAAAAUAGACAUGUUUUCGUGUUCUAUGGCAACAGCCUAUCAGUGCCUGUUGAGGAAAGCCUAAAGAUUGGAGGAGAGAGAGGGGAUGGGAGAGAUAUUUAAAUAUUUAGAGGGGUUAACAAAGUACAGGAGAGAAGAUUAUUUCAAAGGAGAAGAAAAGCUACAACAAGAGACCAGAAUCUAUGAUCAGAGGCUGAGAUGGAAGUUUUAUUUUACUGAGAGGGGGGUAGAUAAGUGGAACAGUCUCCCAGCAGAAGUGGUAGAGGGUAAUACAGUGAGGGUAUUAAACAUGCAUGGGAUAGACAUACGGCUCCUGAAUCUAAGACGAGACCAACUACUGAUUUGAGUCUUUACAGCCGGAGAAACCGGGGGACUAGAUGGGGCUGGUCUGCAGCUAAAUUGGGGUCUUAAGGGUUAAUGCCCCCCUAUGCAUUCUCUAUUAAUUGGUUGUGACAUAAAAGGAUUAAAAACGUUAAAAAAUUUAAAUAAAACGCUGAUUAUUUUCAGAA